CCAGGCCCCGCCCCCAGAGCCAGGCCGGCCCCGCCUCCCAGGCCCCGGAACCCGCCCUUGGCAACCGAAGGGACGCUUUCCCCUCAGCAACCGGAGCGGCUCCCACCAUGGCUGAAGAAGAGGACGGUGCUGCGCCGACGGAGAAAAUCAUCCGGAUCCAGAGGGUGUUUAUUAACCUGCUGGACACCUACAGCAGCAGAAACAUCGGGAAGUUCCUGUCUAACUGCAUAGUGGGGGCUUCGCUUGAAGAAAUCACAGAGGAGGAGGAGGAGGAGGAGGAAAGCAAGUCGGCCAUCCUGGAGGCCUCGCUGGCCAAGCUGAAGGAAGGCACGUUCCAGAUCGUGGGCACGCUCUCCUCGCCCGAAAGCCCUCGGCCCAACUUCGCGGUGGAGACCUACUCUAUCUUCUCUCGAGAAGAACUUCUCCUGCGCCUGCUGGAGUGUGAUGUGAUCAUUUAUAACAUCACCGAGAGCACACAGCAAGUGGAGGAAGCCGUGUGGGCAGUCUCUGCACUGAAUGAAGAAAUCAUCCAUUUUGAAAAGCGGAAAGUAUUUAUUUUGGUGUCCACGGUGAUGACUUGGGCGCGAUCCAAGCCCCUGGACCCGGACGACGCCGAGGUGCCCUUUACUGAGGAGGAUUAUCGAAGAAGGAAGCACCACCCGAAUUUCCUGGACCACAUCAAUGCAGAGAAAAUGGUUCUCAAGUUUGGAAAAAAUCUAGCUUGGCUGGGUGAGCUUCCUGCGAUACCGGUGUUUGGGGACGGAACAAAUGUCAUCCCAACAAUUCACGUCCUUGACCUAGCAGGAGUGAUACAAAACAUAAUUGACCACGUGCCAAAGAUUCACUACCUGGUUGCUGUGGAUGAGUCUGUUCACACCCUGGAAGACAUAGUCAAGUGCAUCAGUAAGAGUACUGGCCCUGGGAAAAUCCAGAAACUACCCAAAGAAAACGCUUUCCUAACCAAGGACUUAACACAAGAGUGCCUGGACCACCUGCUGGUCCACUUGAGAAUGGAAGCUCUGUUCGUGAAGGAGAAUUUUAACAUCCGCUGGGUCGCCCAGGCAGGGAUUGUGGAAAAUAUCAGUGCUGUCCUCAGAGAGUACAAGCAGAGCAGAGGACUCCUGCCAAUCAAGAUCUGCAUUCUUGGUCCUCCUGCUGUGGGAAAAUCCAGUAUCGCUGAAGGGCUGUCCAAGUACUACAAACUGCAUCACAUUAAAAUAAAGGAUGUCAUUUCCGAAGCCAUAGCAAAACUGGAGGCGAUUGUGGCACCUAAAGAAGGAGGAGAAGAAGAAGGUGAAGAGGAGGAGGAGGAGGAGAACGUGGAAGAUGCCCAGGAGCUCUUGGACGGCGUCAAGGAGAGCAUGGAGCAGAACGCAGGCCGACUAGAAGAUCAGUAUGUAAUUAGAUUUAUCAAAGAAAAGCUAAAAUCUAUGCCUUGCAGAAAUCAAGGUUACAUUUUGGAUGGAUUUCCAAAGACAUAUGAUCAAGCAAAAGACCUGUUCAGUCAGGAAGAUGAGGAAGAAGAGGAAGAUGUCAGAGGCAAACUAUUUCCCUUUGAUAAAUUAAUCACCCCUGAGUUCGUGUGUGCGCUGGACGCCUCGGAUGAGUUUCUGAAGGAGCGCGUGAUGAACCUGCCCGAGAGCGUGGUGGCCGGGACCCACUACAGCCAGGACCGCUUCCUCCGGGCUCUGAGCAACUACCGGGACAUCAACACCGAGGACGAGACUGUCUUCAACUAUUUUGAUGAAAUUGAGAUCCACCCGAUUCACAUUGAUGUAGGAAAACUCGAAGAUGCUCAGAACAGACUUGCGAUCAAGCAGCUCAUCAAAGAGAUCGGGAGGCCCCGGAACUACGGUUUCACGGAGGAGGAGAAGGCGGAAGAGGAGCAGCGGGCAGCCGAGGAGCGCCUGGCCAGGGAGGCGGCCGAGGAGGCCGAGCGCGAGCGCCAGGAGGCGGUGGAGACGGCGCAGAAGAUAGCGCGCUGGGAGGAGUGGAAUAAGCGCCUAGAGGAAGUGAAGAGAGAAGAAAGGGAGUUACUGGAGGCGCAGACCAUCCCUCUGAGGAACUACUUGAUGACCUAUGUCAUGCCAACUCUCAUGCAGGGUAUGAAUGAGUGUUGCAAAGUCAGGCCCGAUGACCCUGUUGAUUUUCUGGCAGAAUAUCUCUUCAAGAAGAAUCCCGAAACGCAGUAAAACUUUAAAGAUCUUGUACCUUAUACCUUUACAGAGCUGGACAUCAACUUAACGUCAUCAUUUCAAAACUGGUUUUCAAAAUGUUUUUUCAGUUUUUAGAAAAUCCUUUUGUUUCUGUAAGUAAAUAUCCUAUAAAGUAGAAUCAUUCUUUUUAAAAAAGCAAGCUAUGUGGCAGUGAAUGACUAGUUGUGGAAAACUGUAUUUGGAAGGUAAAUUAACGUCUGUGCAUAGGUCAUGGGAAAAUACCAGAUUCAUAUUCAUUCCUUAGGUCAGUUCUAAGUAUUCUGCCUCUGCACUCUAGUGUUUACAAUAAUUAAAUUUAUAGCAUGAAGGGAGCCAGACGGUAUAUUAUUCUAACAUGUAAGCUAAUGGAUUUACAUGAUUUGUUAUGGCCCCACCCAAUACCAUGGUUGUUAAAAAUGGAAAUAAAAUGAAAUGGUUUUCA